AUGCCACCAGUUCGUCAUCCCGUAUUCUUUUCAUGCCACCAGUUCGUCAUCCCGUAUUCUUUUCAUGCCACCAGUUCGUCAUUCCAUUGCUUCAACCAACCCGUUCUCCCUCCUCUAAAUGAUGUAGCCCCCCUGCUCCCUGAUCCUCGUGACCCUCUUCUCUCAAGCGGGCACCUCUGCUAUCUGCUAGCUGCUGCUGAUCCGCGUGCAUGCCAUGCCAUCUUCACGGCAGCAAGGGCGUUGGUAGGUGCUGUCUUUGUUGCUUUGCUGCCGACCGCAGUCUAUGCCGGUUCCCUCGCCCCCAUGCGCACGCCCCCGGCAUCAGCAGGGGCGUUGGUGCGCGCCCUCUUCGUCGCUGCCGACCGCAGGGUGCCGCGCAUCCGUGUGGAGACAAGGCAGGCCGCCCAGCUGAUGGGCAAGCGAAUCCUGGUGGCCAUUGACAGCUGGCAGCCCGACAGCGCGUUCCCCUCGGGGCACUACGUGAAGACGCUGGGGGAUAUUGGCGACAGGGAGACAGAGAGCGAGCUGCUCCUAAUGGAAAACGACAUUGAUGCGCGCCCCUUCUCGCAGCAAGUGCUCGCGUGCCUGCCGCCGCUCCCCUGGUCCGUGUCUCCUGCAGACGUCACAGACCCGCGCACCAAGAGGGAGGACCUGCGCCACGUGCGUGUGUUCAGUGUGGACCCCAUCGGGUGCCGGGAUAUCGACGACGCGCUGCACUGCGUGCCGCUCCCCAAUGGCAACUUCGACGUCGGCGUUCACAUAGCGGAUGUGACCAACUUUGUUCUACCGGGCACGCCACUGGACGUGGAGGCAUCGCAGCGCGGCACAUCUGUGUAUCUCGUGGAGCGCCGCAUUGACAUGCUGCCCAAGCCCUUGACUGAAGACAUCUGCUCCCUACGUGGCGGUGUGGAGCGACUCGCCUUCUCCUGUAUUUGGGUCGAAACUUUAUACGUGAUGAGGCAGCGGCGCAUAGACAGGGGAGCACUCACACUGGCAUCACCGGAAGUCAAGUUUGAGAUUGACACCGAGACACACGACCCCCUCGACGUUGGCAUGUACCUGGUGCGGGAGGCCAAUCACAUGAUAGAGGAGUUCAUGCUGGCAGCCAAUGUGUCCGUAGCUGACAAGAUCCUCCAGCACUUCGCCUCCUGCUCGCUGCUCAGGCGACACCCCACCCCAUCGCCCAACAUGUUUGAGCCGCUGCUGCGCACAGCAGAGGCGGUGGGGAUUGCAGUUGACACCUCCUCCUCCAAGAAUCUUGCUGACUCGCUUGACCGCGCUGUGCCGUCUCAAAAGUCUUCUCCCUCUCUCGACCGGUCUGUGUGCUCCUCUCUCCCUUACUUUAACAAGCUCAUCCGCAUCCUCACCACUCGCCCCGCUGGCCCUGACCCCUACUUUAACAAGCUUAUCCGAAUCCUCACCACUCGCUGCAUGACUCAGGGCCCUGGCCCCUGUUUCAACAAUCUCACCCGCAUCCUCACCACUCGCUGCAUGACUCAGGCGGUGUAUUUUCCCAGCGGCCAGCUGGCCCCUGCAGAGUACCACCACUACGGGCUGGCAGCCCCCAUCUAUACCCACUUCACUUCCCCCAUCCGUCGCUACGCUGACGUGGUGGUGCAUCGCCUGCUGGCUGCAGCCAUAGGGUUGACACCGCUGCCGGAUCAGACCAAGGAUAAGACUGCACUCACCGCCCUCACUGACAACCUCAACUACCGCAACCGCAAUGCUCAGAUGGCGGGGCGAGCAUCAGUGGAGCUUCACACGCUCAUAUUCUUCCGCACUCGCCCAACGGAUGCGGAGGGUCGGAUAGUGAUGGUCCGCUCCAAUGGGCUGAUCGUCUUCGUGCCCAAGUAUGGCAUCGAGGGACCAGUCUAUCUCGUACUCAAGGAACCUCACAAGGGGAAAGCUGCUGCAGUUGCUGCUGCCAACAAGCUCGAUGGGAAUGCACCAUCUAGUGACUGGGUGGUGGAUGAGAAGUCGCAGACGGUAGAGUCGAAAGACGGGAAGCGGCGAUUUAAGGUGUUGGAUACAGUGACUGUGCACAUUGAGGUCAUUGAGCCGCAGCCCAAUCGGCCCAAGCUGUCACUGACGUUAGUGAGCCAAUGA